CUGCGACGCUUCAGCGAUUUCUUGAAGCUAUAUGCAGCAGUAACUGAAAAGUGCGCUCCGGAAGAAGAAAAUCCCUCCAGCUCCUCCCAAGAACACACUGCUUCGUAUCAAUUCAAGCCAGGCGCUGCUGCAAGAGACGAUUUUUCUCUCAGAGAAGGCAUGCAUUGGACGAUUGGAUGAGCAGCCUUUUGAGCGAUAUUGAAAUCUCUCGGAGUGCUCCUGUUGCUGCGUUUCUGGAGCUCGAGGCCGCUGCCCGUUCAGCUGCGAGCGCUGCCUCUGCUCAAGAGGACAGUGCUUCAGUCAUCGCCGGUUUGGCACUCGAAGACUCUGGUCUCAUUGCUCCCAGUUCACUGUAUAAUGGCUCUUCGUCGGUAGCUUCUCUCCCGGAUUAUGCUAGCGAUGCCGCUUGCAGCACGUCUGGCGUGAGAACACCAACAAGUUUAAGUGAGCUGGGAGUAGAGGUCGAGACAGCAGAUGACAUAGCCACAGCUCAACGUAAGAAAAAAGGUAAAGACGUAGAACAAGGGUUGGAGGAUGGCAAACAGGAUAGCGAAACGUCCAAGAUAUUCAGAUCAGUAAGUGAAGCAACACUAGAUAAUUUUCAUAGAAGGAAGGAUAGCGACAGUGAUAUAGCGAGCGAGCAAUCCAUUCCAAUGUCCGUUGAAGGCCCCUCAGACACUUCGUUGGUGCUUGCUGCCGGUAUUGAGCGAAGGAUGGAAGGGGUGUCCAGUUUUGAGUCCGACAUUUUAAAAGGCGCCUCGGUUUUCUUGCCGGCCGAUCAGCGAGCAAACGUAAAGAGAGUCAUGGCAGCACUUCAACGCAGAUUUGAGAUUGUCAAAGCAGAUAUGGAAGACUUGAUCACGAGAUUGAACCAGGAAGUUGCUGUCAAGGGGUUUCUGACCAUCAAGGUGCGAGAUCUCGAAGCAGAGCUUGAUAAUACGCGUCGCAAAAGUCAAGAUGUGCUUCAACAAGCUGUCUCUGUGGAGCGUGAGCGAGUAACUGAACUGCAGUGGGAACUGGAGGACUGUCGUACCGCGUUAAUGAACGUCGAAGAGUCUUUGCAAACGGAACGGAACGAUAGAGGCAUGGAAAGCGAGAGUUUGCAAUCUAUACGCGUGGAACUCGACAAUUCAAAGCAGCAGGUUGUUCAACUCCAGGAGAAGCUGGAGUCGUUGGCUAAAGAGCGGGAUGCUAUAGAGGCUCAAGCUCGUGCAGAGAAGAGAAUUCUAGCAAAGGAGAUUAAAACGUUGAGAAAAAACCAACCCGAGCUCAAAGAGGAACUCGACACAGCACUGCGAAUCAAAGCCGAGUUGGAGGGAGUCUUACGGAAGGAGAGAGAAAAGGAAGAGCUAGCGAGAAACUCGAGAGCCAGCUUCAUGCACGAGGUUUCAGCUCUUCGACAACGGCUCCAAGAAUGCAGUGUUGACUUCCUUGCCAAGGAAGAUGGCGCCAAGAACUCCAUCUCGAGCGACGCAAUGGAGCUUCUCACGACGUCAGAUAAUCGCAUCAAUCUCCUGCUCGCAGAAGCUCGCUUGAUGGCGGAAGAACGUGAUGAAGAUGAAGAUGAGCACUAUCCCACCGCGAAUGGAGCCACUGCGAACUCGAAUCCUCCGGAUGGAAGUGGAAGCGAGGACGCGGUGAACAAGUUCCUGGUGGACAUUCUCAUCGACAAUGCACAGCUCCGAAAGAGCAUGAAUUCGCUGACGAGGAGCGCUCUUCUCGCGGUCCAAAAGAGAGACAACAUCGAGGGCGCCAUGGAGGAGGCGGCUCCCAAGCGCAGCAGCGUGCUCAACAGGUUUUUGUGACGAUCGAUCGAAAGAGAAAAAAACUAAAAAUUUUGAUGCUGUAAAUGUUUUGCACAGGUUUUAAGCUAAAGAACUAUGUUUUAGGGUU